AUCUCGGGUCACCCGGACCCGGCCUAGUCAUCAUACACAUUACACAAUUAGGGCUAGGGGUGUACAGGCAACAACGCUGACCCCUGACCUUGUCUUCUCUCCCAGCUCCUCGUUCGACUGACGACGGUGGCGACCGACGAUUGACGUCCGACGACUGACGACCUACGGUGCUGCCCUGCUUCUUGGUGACGACUGACGCUUCUCAAGACCUCAUAUCGAAGUCUUGGUUACCUCCACAGCUUUGGAGGAAGCUCUUCACUUUCUCUUAAACUGAAAUCACUGAGCCGAAGAAUUCAAGAAAGAAGACCAAGAAGAUGGGUAAUCAGAAGCAAAAGUGGACGCAAGACGAAGAAGACGCGCUCAUAGCCGGCGUGGAAAAACACGGUCCAGGGAAGUGGAAGAACAUUCUCAAAGACCCCCAGUUUGCACCAUUUCUCACUUCACGUUCCAAUAUCGACCUCAAGGAUAAAUGGCGAAAUUUGAGUGUUAGCAAUGGCACUCAAGGAUCUAAGGAAAAAUCUAGGGUUCCUAGAAUCAAGGCUGGGGCCCCUAUUGCUGCUUCCCCAGUUGCUGCUGCUGCUGCUAGUAAUGCCAUUGUUGUUGCCGGGGAAGAUGCUACUAUUGUCACCACUAUGAUUCAUCAACCUGAUCCUUCUGUUGCUGUGGGUGAUUCCUCUCAAAAUGACGAAGAUGCCAAGAAUCGUCCGAGGUACAAUGCAAUGGUUUUAGAAGCUUUGUCAGCUUUGAAAGAUGCUAAUGGAUCUGACCUGAAUGCCAUUGUUAACUUCAUUGAGCAAAAACACAAGGUUCCUCAGAAUUUCAGAAGGGCAUUGAGUACCAGGUUGAGGAGGCUUGUUAGUCAAGGGAAACUUGAAAAGGUACAAAACUGUUACAAGAUUAAAAAGGACUAUUCACCUGUGCCAAAAUCACCAGUUGCUGUGAAAAAGAAUGUGUGGCUACAACGGCAACAACCACCACCACCCCCCGAGUUUGUGGCAUCUAAUGAGACAAUAAAGGAAGCUGCUGAAACUGCAGCCUACAGAAUUGCCGAGGCCGAAAGCAAGUCAUAUUUAGCCGCUGAAGCAGUCAAGGAGGCAGAACGAAUUGCACGCUUAGCUGAAGAUGCUGACGCGAUGUUACAGCUAGUACAACAGAUUUAUGAUGCUUGUUCGCGCGGUGAAGCUGUCAUCUUGGCAUCUUAAGUUGGUCAGUGUCGGGUCUAUCAAUGGACUUCUGGAUUUUGCUCUCUGUAAAAAUAGUUGUUCAUAUAUCGAAUUUCAUUUCAUGAAGCUGCACUUAGGUGAUGUUUAUAUUUAGUAACACAGUUCACCGAUUUUGCAUCCGAACUCGAAGCAAUAUACAAACUAAUAUGAAGUUAGUUUCAUAUGUUAA